GCGAUUUUCAACCAAAAGAACCUUAGUACAUGUUGACGUACCCGCGAGAAAGUAUGAAGACUUUAUUAGUUUUUUCUCUGUUAUUCUGCGCUGCAUUUGCUUACAGCAGCAACUGGGCAAAUAUUGAACCAGCAAUUGUAGGAGGAACAGAAGCUCCAGCACAUGCCUAUCCAUUUAUGGCAUCAAUUCACUGGGUCUUGAAUUGGCCAUCACCAUCAAGCUCACAUACAUGUGGUGGUGCUCUCAUUAGCCGCAGAUGGGUAUUGACAGCUGCUCACUGCUUGACUGAAUCACCAGCUCUCGGUCGUCUUGAUGUACUUCUUGGAAAUCAUGACCAUCGCUUUAUUGAACCUGGUUUGACUAGAGUUGAAGUUGAUCGUAGUGUAUCAAUCAUCCAUCCAGAUUGGGUACCAGGUGGUGGAGUCGGACCAGAGGACAUGGCACUUCUCUACAUGUUUGAUCAAGUCACUUAUACAACAACAAUUCAAGCUAUUGCGUUGCCACCAAGAGAACACAUUCCAACUGGAACAGCUAUUGCUGCUGGAUGGGGAUCAACUGGUCCAUUAGGAUUGACCCUACCAAAUACUCUUCAACAUACAGACUUGGAAUUCAUUGACAUUCCAACAUGCCGCGCUCAAUUUGAUGCUGCAAAUCUUAAUGGAAGUUUAGUCGAUUAUACAAAUGUUUGCACAGGUGGAAGAGUUGGUGGUGGAUUAGCUGUGUGCUCAGGAGAUUCUGGUGGACCAUUGUUCCAAAGACAAGGUGCUGGAUUCGUUAUUCAUGGUGUCGUCAGUUGGGGUGUAGUUCCAUGCGGCUCCAACAACAUGCCAUCUGGAGUUUUCAAACGUGUAUCAGCCUACACUGACUGGAUUGGAGAUCACACUGGAUUAUGGCCUUAAUUCCUCUGACAUUUGAUAACACUUGUUCAUGAUGACGCAAUAGAAUAGUUUCAAUAAAGCAAAAAAUCAAUGAAAUUUUAUGACUUCCUUGCUCAUUAAAUAUAAUUUUAUAAUUCAAUGUCUGUUUCAAGUCUAGCGCAAUUUCUCAAGUAGGUUCAAGAACUACUAAUGCUUUUCUAUUCUAUAAAUAGUUAUAUACUAUAAA